AUGGCAUGGGCACAGGAGGAUCUGACAUCCUCGCUCUCCAUCGUCAUAACCUUGGCUGCCUGCCUCUCGGCCACCAGCAGCGAAGUGAACUUGCUAGACACGUCAACAAUCCUGGGAGACUGGGGCUGGAUGACUUAUCCCUCACAUGGGUGGGAUUCGAUCAAUGAAAUGGAUGAGUUUUUCAGCCCCAUCCACACCUACCAGGUCUGUAACGUCAUGACCCCCAACCAGAACAACUGGCUCCGGACCAACUGGGUGCAGCGGGACGGGGCGCGGCGGGUGUACGCAGAGAUCAAAUUCACGCUGAGGGACUGUAACAGCAUGCCAGGUGUGCUGGGCACCUGCAAGGAGACCUUCAACCUUUACUACAUGGAGUCUGACCGGGACCUGGGCACCAGCACCCGCGAGAGCCAGUUCCUGAAGAUCGACACGAUCGCAGCAGACGAGAGCUUCACCAACGUGGACCUGGGCGUGCGGCGCCUGAAGCUGAACACGGAGGUGCGGGGCGUGGGGCCGCUGAGCAAGAGGGGCUUCUACCUGGCCUUCCAGGACAUCGGGGCCUGCAUUGCCAUCGUCUCGGUGCGCGUGUACUACAAGAAGUGCCCGGCCACCGUGAGGAACUUGGCGUCCUUCUCCGAGGCUGUGACCGGGGCAGACUCAUCCUCCUUGGUGGAAGUGCGGGGAGAGUGCGUGGGCCAUUCCGAGGAGAGGGACACCCCCAAAAUGUACUGCAGUGCCGAGGGAGAGUGGCUGGUGCCCAUUGGGAAGUGUGUGUGCAGUGCUGGCUAUGAAGAGCAGCGGGAUUCCUGCAUGGCCUGCCAGCUGGGAUUUUACAAAUCAGCCCCUGGGGACCAGCUGUGUGCCAAAUGUCCCCUGCACAGCCACUCGGAGAGCCGGGCAGCUCGUGUGUGCCACUGUGACAGCAGCUUCUACCGCGCCGUGCAGGACCCCCCCUCGGCCGCCUGCACACGGCCCCCCUCUGCUCCGGUGAACCUGAUCUCCAGUGUGAACGGCACCUCGGUGACGCUGGAGUGGGGCCCGCCGCUGGACAAGGGCGGCCGUGCAGAUGUCGUGUACAACGUGCGGUGCCGGCGCUGCGCGGGUGCCGCGGGGCCGUGCGAGGCCUGCGGCAGCGGCAUCCGCUUCGUGCCGCAGCAGAUGAGCCUGGUGCAGGGAGCACUGACCGUCACCAACCUGCUGGCACACACCAACUACUCCUUCUGGGUGGAGGCCGUCAACGGCGUCUCCGACCUCAGCCUGGAGUCCAGGAGAGCCGCGGUGGCCAACAUCACGACAAACCAGGCAGCUCCAUCACAGGUGGUGGUGGUGCAUCAGGAGAGCACAGGCCAGAACAGUGUCACCUUGCUGUGGCAAGAGCCGGACCAGCCCAACGGCAUCAUCCUGGAGUAUGAGAUCAAGUACUAUGAGAAGGACAAGGAAAUGCAGAGCUACUCAACUCUGAAAUCCAAGAGCACCACUGCCACCAUCUCUGGGCUCAAGCCUGCAACCCGCUACAUUUUCCAGGUGCGGGCUCGCACCUCUGCCGGCUGCGGGAGGUUCAGUCAGACCGUGGAGGUGGAAACGGGGAAGCCAGUGUCUCUCCGGUACCACACGAUGACAAUUGUCUGGAUCUGCCUGUCACUCAUCACUGGCCUUGUCACCUUGCUGGUGGUUCUGAUCUGCAAGAAGAGGCACUGUGGGUACAGCAAGGCUUUCCAGGACUCUGAUGAGGAGAAGAUGCAUUAUCAGAAUGGGCAAGUGAAGUUCCCCGAGUCCAAGUUCUAUGUGGACCCCCACACAUACGAGGACCCCUGCCAAGCUGUGCAUGAGUUCACCCGUGAAAUAGAGGCCUCCCGGAUCAAGAUUGAGAAGGUCAUCGGGUCUGGGGAGUCUGGAGAGGUGUGCUACGGCCGCCUGAAGCUGCCAGGGAAGAGGGAGAUUCCCGUGGCCAUCAAAGCACUGAAGGCAGGCUACACAGAGAAGCAGAGGCGGGACUUCCUGAGUGAGGCCAGCAUCAUGGCACAGUUCGACCAUCCCAACGUCAUCCACCUGGAGGGGGUGGUCACCAGGAGCAAAUUGGUAAUGAUUGUUACUGAAUACAUGGAGAACGGCUCGCUAGACACCUUCCUCAGGAAACACGAUGGGCAAUUCACCAUCAUCCAGCUGGUGGGGAUGCUGCGGGGCAUUGGGGCAGGCAUGAGGUACCUGUCUGACCUGGGCUACGUGCACCGGGACCUGGCUGCCCGCAACAUCCUGGUCAACAGCAACCUGGUGUGCAAGGUGUCUGACUUCGGCCUCUCCCGCAUCCUGGAGGACGACCCUGACGCUGCCUACACCACCACGGGGGGGAAGAUCCCGAUCCGCUGGACGGCUCCCGAGGCCAUCGCGUACCGCAAGUUCUCCUCGGCCAGCGACGUGUGGAGCUAUGGGAUUGUCAUGUGGGAGGUGCUGGCCUACGGCGAGCGGCCCUACUGGAACAUGACCAACCGCGACGUCAUCACCUCUGUGGAGGAAGGCUACCGCCUGCCUGCCCCCAUGGGCUGCCCCAGCCCCCUGCACCAGCUGAUGCUGGACUGCUGGCAGAAGGAGCGCAGCGAGCGGCCUCGCUUCUCCCACAUUGUCGGCAUCCUGGACAAGCUGAUCCGCAACCCCGACAGCCUCAAGUGCACAGGCACCAUCAACAGGUUCACCCAGACACGCCUGGACAGGGGUCUCCUGGACCUGAGCAGCUGCUUGACUGUGGAGGACUGGCUGGACUCCAUCCGCCUGGGGCACUACCGGGACAACUUUGCCAUGGCUGGGUACUCCUCCCUGGGCAUGGUGAUGCACAUGAACCUCGAGGAUGUUCGGAGUCUGGGCAUCACCAUGAUGGGCCACCAGAAGAAGAUCUUGAGCAGCAUCCAGGCCAUGAGAUCCCAGCUGCUGAACACAAAUGGCCCCAGGAGGCAUCUCUGA